GAUAGAGAGACGACUCUUCCUUCCCCUAGUCUAGACACAGCCAGCCGCAUAUAUACAUUUCAGAAAGAAACCAAGAAAUCAAGAUGGAAUCAUCGGAGAUAGAAUACGUGAGCUACUCGGGAGAAGAGCAUCUGCCGCUGAUAAUGGGGCUGGUGGACAAGGAGCUGAGCGAGCCGUACUCGAUCUUCACGUACCGCUACUUCGUGUAUUUGUGGCCUCAGCUGUGUUUUCUGGCCUUCCACAGAGGCAAGUGUGUGGGAACCGUCGUGUGUAAGAUGGGGGAGCACCGCAACACCUACAGAGGCUACAUCGCCAUGCUCGUCGUCGUCGAUUCCUACCGAGGCAGAGGGAUCGCUACCCAGCUCGUUACCAGAUCUAUUCAAGUCAUGAUGGAAUCCGGGUGUGAUGAGGUCACACUUGAAGCAGAAGUGAGUAACAAAGGAGCACUGGCUCUAUAUGGGCGUCUUGGGUUCAUAAGGGCCAAAAGGCUCUUCCGUUACUACCUCAACGGGGCUGAUGCUUUCCGUCUCAAGCUGCUCUUUCCACGCCCGACUUCCCCUUGUAUCAAUUGAUCCAUACUCAUUGCGAUCAGCAUAUUGUUCAUUACUUUCCUGGAGUUCCCUUCGUCUGUCUAUCUUUCUUGUUUUGGCUAGUGUCGAAGCUUGAAAAGCCCCAAAUGUCGAAGCUUGAGGAUGACUGAAAAGGGCCGAUGAAAUUAGAUUACUGAUUUGUUUGUACCAAAGGCUUCAUUUUGUAGCUAGUUCAACAAAAUGGCUUUCUGUUAGCCUUGAUUCCUUUCAUAACGUGCUUUCAUUGAGAAUCAUUGCCGGAUACUCGUUUCACUUAGAAAUAACAACGAACUCGUUAAAACUUCAUCAAC